UAGCGCCGCUCUGCUCCCCCACGUCCAGACCCUGCUCCCGAAGACGUCCGCCGCCGAAAGUUGAACGCCUCAAGGAAACCAAGCUGGAUUAGCAGUUUGUUUGCGCAGGUUUGAGCUGAUCUGAGUCCGCCUGGUUCAUCAGUGAAGACCGCUCUUAAAGACAGGUGAGCGUCCGUACCCCAGGCAUGGCAGACGGUCAGGAGCACUGGACCUCCAACGGUCAGGAGAACGGAGAGAACGGAUACUCCUCCUACAGCGCCACCUACAGGGAGAACGGAUACCACGCGGCGGGAGGGGGAGGGGCCACGGGAGCACCCACAGUGGACGAGUCGGCCAACCUGCCUCCCUCCCCUCCCCCCUCCCCGUCGGCCGAGCAGAGCGGGGCCGCGGCACCAGCAGAGAAGGUUGGGGUUAGCUUCUCUGAGGACGUAGCUCAUGAUGUAGAGACCCCCUCUCCCCAUGAAGAAGGCCCCUGUGAUCAGUCAGAGCCGGGGGGGCCCACACAGGCACUGCCCCCCCAGGUGCAAAACGGAGGAAGUCACCCAGGUUCCCAUACUCCACCAGAGACAGCCCCACCUGAAGAAGUUCUCGAGAAGGCCACCGAAGAAACUGCCAAAGACAAGGAAGACCAGAUGGAGUUAGCACAUGCAAAGGGAGAGCCAGAAGAUGCAGAUGUAGCGAAUGCUGGAGCUUCAAGCCAAAAGGAGGUGGCCAUGACAAAGGAUGACAACCUGGAAUCACAAGUUGAGAAGAUAUCAGUAAAGGAUGCUGAUGCUGCCGGAGGAGAAGAGGUCUCAAAAGUGGAAGGAAGUGAAAUUCCUCAGACAAAAAAAUAUCAAGAUGACGAAAGACCACCAACAUCUAGUCCAGAACCGUUACCAGAAGUAAAAGAACAAGACACAACCUCAAAAAGCUACUUUGAAACAACCAAAGAAGAUUCUUCAAGCUAUUAUGAGUUGACUACGGAAGCUCCCACUAAAAAGUCAAACCUUAGCAUUACCGUUGGACCCACCACAGAGCCAGAACAAACCUCAAUGAAGUUCUCAGAAGGUUUGUGUCCUUCAGACCUGGAGAACAUUCACCCACCCACACCAUUUGUAAAAGGUCUACCGCCACCGUUCCCUCCAGCUGUGUCGGUAACCCCAACUUUAACUGAGUCUCCUGAAGAAGCAGCAGAAUGUUCCUGGUCUGAGAAGCGUAGUUCAAUGCUUCAACAGUCUGAUAGUCUUUCUGAGAUGUUGGACCUAGCUGGAGCUCUGCCUAGAUUGUCUUUGGAGAAGAGAGAGGAGCAUGUGAGGAGAAAGUCUGUAGCCUCCAUGCCAUCACUGGAAGGAAAAACUCUGGAUGACUUUGCGACUGGCGACCAGCGAACUGUUGGUGGAGAAAGUCCUAUGGAAGAUCUGGGAUAUUGCAUCUUCAGUGAAUAUGCCGGUCCAAUGCCUUCUCCCGCAGAUUUGCCAAGUCCUGUUGAGUCAACACCCCUGAGAUUCCCAUCAGUUGAGAGUGAAGGAGGAGAUGAUCACGGAGUUGCUGAAGUUCAAAAGAGCGUCCAACCAGAUCCAAAAGCAAUGCUACCUGAAAUACUGCAACGGCCAACACUGGAGCGGAAGGACUCACCAGGCAAGAUGUCGCUAAUUCUUGAGAAAGCAGUUCCGAGUGGACUGAAACCUGAUCGUCUCAAAAUUCCAGUCUCUGCUUCUAAGGACCGUCUUGAUGGUGGUCCUCCUGGAGAUAUAACAAUUCAACCGAUCCCGGAGGUGGACAUUGAGAAAGAUCCUUCAAGAGAAGCAUCACCCAUUCCACCUGACUGCUCUUUUACAUUUAGCUGUGCCGAAACAGGAUGCAAGUCUCCCUGUUCUCCAAACACACCCAAAUCACCAAAUGUUGCUCAGAAUACCGAUAUGACACAGCAAGAAGCUCCAAACGCUGAGGAACCUAGUAAGAUAGAAGAAGAAUCAAGCAAGACUGAAACCUCUGAUACUCCGUGUGAGUUGUCUCAAGAAUGCAAAGAAGUAACAAGUGAACCAGCAAGGGAAGAUUGUCCAAAGAAGUUAGAGAUAGAUCCUCAAGAGACUUCACGUGUCCGAAGUCCAUCCCCCAUUAUCAUUAUACCUCAAGCAUCCCAAGUGGAGGAGACCGAGGAAGACGACUUUGAAAUAGCUGAAGAACCCUCAGAAGUAAUCGAGGAAACUGAAGAUGUAGCACCUUCAAAACCAAGCGUGGAAGAUAAGGAAGAUAAAGGUAAAGAAGGACAAAAGACAGAAACAAUUUUGCUUCUAGUUGGAGAUCAGGUGGUAGAAGAUGAUCCCAGGUCUGGAGCAGAGGAAUGGAGCCACAGUGGAAUCAACAGUGACGAUGGCGAACAAGCUACUGACAGUUCGCAUCUAUCUCCAUGCUCUGACCCUGAUGUGCCCCAACAGCUGGAAGAAGGUAACAAGACUGGCGAGGAGGAAAAGGCGGAAGUUAUCAAGGAACCUCAAUCCACAGAUGAAGACCAAAGCAAAGAUCUUGUCGAUGUAGCUAAAGAAGAGACAUCCGAAGUCCCUCAGGAGAUCAAGGUAGCAGAGAACAUGGAAGACAUCUUUGACCAACCAACUGAGGAAGGAACCGCGGGAGACGUCUCCAUACUGGACACGGACAGUGGAUGGUUAGACACUCAAGAUGAAGACAAAAGCAUCGUAUCGGAACGAAUCGAGGAACUUCCAAAAGUCGAAAGCGCAAGCAGUGCUCGCGCGGCGGACAAACCUAGUAAACGUACCUCUGGCAAAGUACGUGGCCCACCUUGCCACUCCGAGAGCCGAGCCAAUCGCAAAGCUGCCGGUCAAGUCACCAAAGAAGACAUUAAGAAAAAACGAGUUGGGAUAAGGAAGGCUGAGCAGAAUAAACUGUCAGUCCUCCGCUGUAGCUCACCGUCUCGAAAGAACGUCCGUCAUCCCAGGCCUUCUGCUAGACGCAAGGCCCCAGGCAUGGAGAGUCAUCAGCCGCUCAGUGUGGCCCACCAGUCCAGGGAGAGGACAACGGAGAGAACAUACAGGAGUCCAGAGAAGAAGUCGUCCCUCCCGAGGCCCGCCAAGUCUCUGACCCGCCACAUCCCCGCGGCAGAACAGGAGGAUGGCGCCCCCACCAGGCCGACCUCGCUGCGCACAGACCACAGAGGGGGCGCCCGCUCCAGCAGAGGGCCUAGUGGCACAGGCACAGACUCCAGCCGGUCCCGGUCAGCCCGCAGCGGCACCUCCACGCCCACCGCCGUCACCCCCGGCACCCCGCCCAACUACUCGUGCCGCACCCCGGGCUCCCGCACCCCCGGCUCGCACACGCCCAAGUCCUUCUCCGUGCUCCAGGAGAAGAAGGUGGCGGUGAUCCGGACCCCCCCCAAGUCGCCCUCGUCGGCCCAGAGGCAGCUCAAAGUGAUCAACCAGCCCCUGCCCGACGUCAAGAACGUCAAGUCCAAGAUCGGCUCCACGGCUAACCUCAAGCACCAGCCCAAAGGGGGACAGGUGAUGAUCCCCAGUGUUAAACUGGACUUCAGCCACGUCCAGGCCAAGUGUGGCUCUCUGGACAAAAUGCACCACCACGCAGGAGGAGGCAACAUUCAAAUUCAGACCAAGAAGAUUGAUUUAAGUCACGUGACCUCCAAGUGUGGAUCUAUGUCGAAUAUUCACCAUAAACCAGGCGGAGGACAGGUGAAGAUCGACAACGUGAAGCUGGACUUUAAAGACAAGGCCCAGCCCAAGGUGGGCUCUCUGGACAACGCUAGCCACACCCCAGGAGGAGGCAAUGUCAUGAUCGAGAACCACAAGCUGAUGUUCCGGGAGACGGCCAAAGCUCGCGUGGACCAUGGAGCAGAGAUCAUCAGCCUGGACACGGGUGGCACCUCCCCCAGGCUCUCCUCCGCCGGCAGCAUCAACCUCAUGGAGUCCCCCCAGCUGUCCACGCUGGCCCAGGACGUGACCGCCGCACUGGCCAAACAGGGAUUAUGA